GAGGAACACAAAGUCUGCAGUGUAUCAGUCAGAAAGACGCGAGAUCGUUGAGUGCAGAAGCGUUUAGUUGAACGUCCGUGCUUUAUGUCUGGUCUUGAAAUUGCGCUUUAGGUUUAGGACGAAAAGUAUCAAUUUUUUUCCUGCACUGUCGAAUAAAUCUCCGAACGACUUUUGCAACUGACAACGUGAUUUGAGGAAAGCCCGAACCUGAACUCAUACAAGCGUCUCUUUAUACAAUCAUUAACCAGACAAAUUCAAACUGGUGCACUGUGAACGAUAUAAAGGGAGCCGAAGAAAUCAAGGUGGAAUCUUUCUUCACUCGGACGCACCAUGCAGACUUCCACUGGAAGGGUUGUGUGCAUUUUCGCCGGCAUCUUCAGUUUGGCAGCAAGUGGACUAACAGAGGUCCGAUGGUGUGUUACUUCUCCUGAGAUGAGCAAGUGUAGCCAAAUGAAAGAAGCUUUUCAAUCUGCUAAAAUUCAACCAUUAAUAUCCUGUGUUACUGGAGACUCAGCCAUGGAUUGUGCAAAAAAAGUAGAGAACAAGGAAGCGGAUGCAGUCUCUUUGGAUGCUGGGGACCUCUAUCAAGCUACAAGAGAGUAUAAACUAAAGCCAGUGGUUGGAGAGAAAUAUGAUCAAGAAGUUGGAAGCUUUUAUUAUGCAGUAGCUGUUGUUAGAAAAUCUGACAGUUCAAUCACAAUCAACAAUCUGAAAAUGAAAAAGUCCUGUCAUAGUGGAUUUGGUACAACAGCAGGAUGGAAGGUUCCGGUUGGUUAUCUGAUUAGUACCAGGAAGAUGUCUGUGAUGGGUUGCAAAUUUUCAAAAGCUGUGAGUGAUUUCUUCGCUAAAAGUUGCACCCCAGGAGCAGAGGAUGUAGAUUCCCCAACAAGUCUUUGCCAACUGUGUGUUGGUGAUGAAAAGGGAAAAAACAAAUGUGUAGAGAAUUCGAGUGAGAGAUAUUUUGGUGACAGUGGAGCAUUCAGGUGCCUCGUUGAAAAUGCAGGUGAUGUCGCCUUUGUGAAACAUUCUGCUGUGUUGGAUAAUACAGAUGGAAAUAAUAACUCUCCAUGGGCACAGGCACUGAAUUCUACCGAUUAUCAACUUCUAUGUCGAGAUGGAAGCCGCGCUGAAGUUUCGGACUGGAAAGCAUGCCACCUCGCCAGGGUGCCCACCCGAGCAGUGGUAGUGAGAAUGGAUACUGAUGGCACAGCCAUCUUCACUUUACUGGAAGCAGGUCAGAAAAAGUUUGGCAUUACCUCUGCUGGAUUUAAGAUGUUUAAUUCCACUUCAUAUGGUAGCAAAGACUUGCUGUUUAAGGAUGCCACCAAAGAAUUUACUCUCAUCAGAAAUCAAACUUAUCAGGCCUGGUUGGGGACAGAGUAUCUACAAUCCUUGAAAGGACUUGAUUGCUACCGCUUGCCAGGGAAUCUGCGCUGGUGCACACAAUCCAGAAGUGAAAUACUGAAAUGUUCAGAUAUGGCUAUAGCAUUCCAAAACCAAAACCUGACACCACCAAUUCAGUGUGUAUCAGGUGACAAUCCCACUGACUGCAUGAUAAAAAUUAAGAAAAAAGAAAUUGAUGCAGUAACCUUGGAUGCAGGACACAUUUACACAGCUGGAAAACUGUAUGGAUUGGUGCCUGCUGCUGGGGAAAGUUAUACAGGUGAUAAUGAAGGAGCAUCGUAUUAUGCUGUGGCAGUAGUAAAAAAGUCGAGUCAUAACGCCUUCACCAUCAAUCAGCUGAAAGGAAAGAAGUCUUGUCACACUGGGCUGAACAGGACUGCUGGGUGGAACAUCCCCAUUGGUACACUGAUGAAGAUGGGUGAAAUCAAAGCUGACAAAUGCAAGAUUGCUAAAGUGGUCAGUGAGUUCUUCUCUGCAAGCUGUGUGCCGGGUGCAAAUCAGAAGGGCUAUCCAUCAAAACUUUGUGAACUGUGCAUCGGGGAUGAGAGUGGGCGAUCAAAGUGUGCCUUCACAGCAGAGGAACAAUACAGUGGUUAUACCGGAGCAUUCAGGUGUCUUGUUGAAGCGGGGGAUGUGGCAUUUGUCAAGCACACUACAGUUACUGAAAACACUGAUGGAAAUAACAAGGAACCCUGGGCAGCAAAUCUAAGAUCCAGUGAUUACCAACUGCUGUGUCUGAAUGGAGCUCGGGCAGAGGUGCAUCAGUGGAAGCAUUGUAACUUGGCCAAAGUUCCAUCUCAUGCAGUGAUGGUCCAUUCGUCCACACCCAUCUCCGUAGUCUUUGGCUUACUUGAUAAAGGACAGGAGCACUUUGGAUCUAAGAGUAAUCCCAAUGACUUUCAGAUGUUUAAUUCAUCUGUGUAUGGUGGAAAAGAUCUGCUCUUUAAAGAUUCUACCGUUAAAAUCAUAUCGAUAGAAGAAAAAGAUACAUACGAUAAAUGGCUUGGAAAAAGCUACCUGGAGGCAAUUGAAAACAUUGAAUGUUCAGCCGCAGCAAAUCCAUCGAGAGUGCCGUUACUGCUUCUACUCAUUUUAAGCCUGCACAGUUUCUGUGUAUAAGCUGCACGUCUUCACCUGCCAUCGUGAUCUGUUUCAAAGCAGACGUACAGAUGAGUUGUCCUUGUUGAACCGAACUACUCGAGGAGAGGAACUGAAAAAAACAGAAAACAUUCUGCAUCAGACAGGAUUAGUUCAGAAUCUAUACUGCUACGGAGUUGUAAAAAUGAACAUUAAAGAACAGUUAGUUUUCUUGUCACAACAGCCAUAAAGCAGCUGAAUUAAGAGUAAUUUGCCAAUUUAAAUAUUGUUAUUUUUGUGCAAGCUGUAGUAAAAUGAUUUGGGGUUGAUUGUGAGUGUCUAGAGGGAUAGUCAUUGUAUGGUGUAACUUAUUAGUCACAUUCUUCUAUUUACUUAUUGGCAGUGUUUCUGUAAAGGCAAAUACUACACCAGUAUGUACAUUCCUCACUACUGCCGUAGAAGUAUCUGUUUACAGAUAAUGGACAAACAUAUCGAUCAAAAUAAUUUAUAUAAAAUGCAGUUUAGCUAUUCAACAUUUAGUGUAGAUUUUGUUUCAAAUAUACCUGUUUAAGUGAAUGAUCUUUCACCCACAUGCAUGCAGCUGUCACCCAACAGACUCAGUCCUGUUGACGGUCCAAAGUGUCCACUCUUAUUCCCUUUCGUAGAUGCUGCUUUAUUUGCUGAGUUCCUCCAGUGUUUUGUGCGUGUAGCUCUCUAUUGCUUCUUGUAAUUUCUUUCUCCUUUGCAACAGUCCUUGAUAGCUGGCAGGUUCAACUCACUGAUGUUUAAUUUAGAUACAGACAUUGCUGUUGUUAACCUUUGUUUUUUUUCCUUUGCUGGAACUUUGGCAAAUGUAAUUGCCUGCAGUACUAUUCAAUUACUCUUAAGUGGAUGAAAAAUUGAUAUGCAUUUGGGCUGAGGAAAUGGUGGAAGUUGCCAUGGCUUUGGGCAAUCUUAAAAGGUGAACAAUAAUUAGGGAAGGGUGCAGGAUGAGUUAGUGUAGAUACAUUAGAUAGAAAUCAUUGUUUGGUUAUCGUUAUAAUUCCACGAGCAACAUAUGCAGCUGUUCUGUUAAAACACUUAUUUUUCCAUUUUGGGAACAGUAAAGAGGGAGCUUACCUAA